CUGCCAGUGCCAUCUCUAACCGCUCUUGUUGUAUUUUGACCGCACUUGCUUCGUUGAAUUAUUAAAACUCUUAUUUUAGCAAAAUAAACACAGAAAAUACAAUUAAAUAUGAUCGGAAGCAAAAAAACGAAAAAGGCAAAUGUCUUAAAGGAAAUUUCGGAUAACUUCGAGCAGCUGACCAAGAAUUUGGAGCGUUUUCUCAAGCCACAGCCGGAUCAAGUGGGGGCCAUCGAGCAGCUAAUUCAGCAGACGUACGCCGUUAGCAUCAGCGGGGAUGUGGCGAACAAGAAAUCACUGCUGCCGGAACUGGUGCUGGAGCAGAUGGACGAGGAGCAGAUCUGGCAGCAACUGGAGAUGCGAAACGAGCUGGUUUUCCAGCAGAUGCUGGAGCAAACCGCCCAGUUGACGGCGAUUAGGGUGCAGCAUCUGGGCAUCGAGCUGGACGACGGCGAGGAACAGGAGGAAGAGGAGGAGAAUCAGGAGGCUGAAGAGUCCGCUGAUGAGGAAGAAGAACAGGAAUCUGAAUUCAGCGACGAGGAUGGAGAUCAACCCCAAAAGAAGGGCACAGCGCCUAAGGAAAAAAAGAACAAGCGAGGUCGCCACUCUGUGGUUGACGACACCUUCUUCAAGCUGGACGAGAUGAACGAGUUCUUGGAGCAGGAGGAUGCCAAGGAGAUGCGCCGUCUGAACAGCAAGCGUCGCGUGGAACAGGCCGAUGACAUUGAUCACUAUGCAGAGGAUUUCGGCCUGGGCGAAGACGAAGACGGCAAUGUCAACUACGCCGAUUUCUUCGAUAUGGACGAGGAACUGGAACAGCAUGCUAAAAAUAUAAACAAAGGCAAGCAGAAAGAUUUCUUUAAUGAAAACGAAGAUGAUAGUGACCAGGAAGAGGACGAAAAUGAAGAUGAAGAAGCUGAGUCAGAUCAAAACGAAGAAGACGAAGCAGAGCCUGCAGAGGAUAAAGAGGAGGUAGCCAGCGAAAUAGAUGAAUCAGAGUUUGUGGCUAAAAGUGGCAUAGAACCCGCCAGCGAUUCGGACGACUCCGACUCGGAAAAAGAGGAGGAGAAUGAGCAGGCACCUGUUGAGCCACCCUCCCAAUCUUCCAAUGAGAUGAGAGAGGCUCGUUUGUUCCAACGCAUUCGUGACUACGAAGACGUUGUCCUGGGCGAGAAGCCCUGGCAGCUGAAGGGCGAGGUCAAAGCCGCCAAUCGGCCCCAGAACUCGCUGCUCGAAGAGAUUCUUGACUUUGACUCCACCACCAGACCCACGGCACCCAUCACUGAGGAGGAUAAUCGCUCCAUCGAGGACAUUAUUAAGCAGCGUAUUCGUGAUAAAGCCUGGGACGAUGUGGAGCGCACUGUGCGUCCGGUGAACACUCCGCAGGAGUACCGCAAGCAGCUGGUCCUGGACCAGGAGAAGUCGAAGCAGUCCCUGUCGCAGAUCUACGAGGCACAGUAUCAGCGUGAGAUGGAAAAACUCGACCCUAAUCGCGAUGCCGACGAUAAAUCUGGUCCAGAACCCAAAGAACACCAAGAAAUCAGGCGGGCCAUGCGUUCGCUGUUUCUCAAACUGGAUGCCCUCUCCAACUUCCACUUUACGCCGAAACCAGUGGCGCCGGAGAUCAAGAUCGUGACCAAUACGCCGGCAGUGCACAUGGAAGAGGUUGCCCCGUUGGCGGUAAGCGAUGCCAAGCUACUGGCGCCUGAGGAAGUAUUCCGUGGACCCAAGCACGCUCCGCUUGGUAAGACGGAACGCGACCGGACGGACAAGAACCGCGAGCGCCGCAAGAAGAAACAAAAGCAGCGGGCCAUUAAUUCGGCUCUGGAGCAGCGUGACCUUCAGCGCGCCAAGGAAGGCAAGGCGCCAACCAAGAAGGAGGCGGACGCCAAGCUCCUUAAGAGCAUCACCAAAAACCGCAAUGUUCAGAAGAUCAACGCGAGUAGCGAUGACAAGGGAGCUCUGAAGUCCUCCAAGGCGUUCUUUAACAAACUACAGGACACCACAGCGGCCACAGCAUCCAACAAGAGGCCGAAAAAGGAUCCAGCAAAGGCGAAUGCAAAGAAGCUUAAGCUAUAAAUAUAUAUUUUUAAGACUUCUACAUCUGAUAAUUGCCUUCAGCCAGCCAAGUUUUUUCGUCUCAAGUCACGUGCCAGAAAAUGGUCACAAGCACACACAAAUGUCCACAACGGAUUCCUGGUUACAAGAAUAACUUUGGCAUACCCUGCGAGUGAAGCAAGUCUUCAAUUUGGGGCACCAUGGGACAUGCCAUGCGCCCGUACUUUUAAUGUUCUCCUUGCGAGUGUCCUGGGUGUGCGUGGUGUAUGUGGUGUGUGGGCGAUUUAUGUGUGGCUGUGUGUGAGUCAAGGACAUUCGGUGGCCCAGUGGGCUAUUAGGCACGCGUGCAGUGUGCGGAAUAUGAUUAUUUUUAGAAUUAUUUACUUAAAAUAAACUGUUUGCUAUGUAAAUAGAACCCGAAUUAAAGGAAGAGCUGCAAGUAAGUAAACUACUUGAAAAA